AUGUUUAAAGGAUUACGUGGAGACGCUUCAGAAACUAAUCCAAAGAUGGAAAGGGAAAAUUUAAUUAGGGCGCUGCAGGCUACUACUUCUUCAAUAAAUCAGAAAGAGGCAGCUGCAUAUCUCGAACAGAAUAUUCGAUUAAUGGGCUUUACUCCUCUUUUACUUCAUAUCAUUAUGGAUGAGGGGGUCGACUGUUCUGCUCGGCAAGCAGCUGUUAUUUAUUUAAAGAAUGUCAUCAACAGGCACUGGAUCAUGGAUGAAGAUGACAAGCAGUCAUUCAGUCUUCCUGAACAAGAUAAACACCUUAUUCGUGAGCUUAUCAUAGAUGCCAUUGUAGCUUCAUCCGAAGCUGUCAGAGUUCAAUUAUGCACUGCAGUUGGAAUAAUCACGAGGCAUGAUUUUCCAAAAAAUUGGCCGUACUUGCCACAAAAAGUUGCAGUUUUACUACAUUCAGUAGACGGGCCAUCUUGGCUAGGAGCCCUUUUGGUUAUACGACGUUUAGUUAAACUUUAUGAAUAUCGCCGAGUGAAAGAGAAAAAACCAUUAGUAGAAACAAUGAGCCUAUUGAUGCCAAUACUUCUCGAACGUCUCAUUACUCUAAUGCCCGAUGCUUCCCAAGAAUCUUGCUUGCUUCAAAAGCUUAUCUUGAAGAUAUUUUAUGGACUUGUUCAGUUUUCCUUGAAUUUGGAAAUGUUUACAAGUCAGUCCUUGUCGCAGUGGUUAGAGCAAUUUCGACUAAUCGUUGGAAGACCUGUACCGGAAGAAGUGAACACAGUUGAUGAAGACGACCGUGAAAGAACAGUUUGGUGGAAAUGUAAAAAGUGGGCCUCUGCAAUUGUUGAGCGCAUUUUUGAAAGAUAUGGAUCUCCAGGACAAGUGCAACUGAAUUACUCAGAAUUUGCGGAAAAUUAUAUGACGCACUUUGCAAUUCCAAUUUUGAACACAUGUCUGCAAGUUCUGGAUGGUUAUAGAAAUGGGAAUUAUGUUUCAUCUCGAGUGCUACAUUCUCUGUUGCAAUACAUCGAUAUAGCCAUUUCGCAGUCACGGACUUGGAAAAUUAUCAAGCCUCACUUUCAGGGAAUUGUGCAUAGCGUGCUCUUUCCAUUAUUGAAAUAUUCCAAUGAAGAUGAAGAGUUGUGGAGCGACUCACCAGAAGAAUUCGUUCGCAUGAAAUAUGAUGUAUACGAUGAGUUGCACAACCCGUCAGUUGCAGCAGCAAGCGUGCUAACUAGUUUUGCGAAGAGGAAAGAUAUGUUGCAGCCCAUAUUGGAGUUUGCGUUAAACAUACUUAAUAGUCCGGAUAUAAAUCCGCGUGACCAAGAAGGCGCCCUACGCAUUCUGGGAGAACUUUUUGUCGCUUUAACGAAAAGCAAGAAGUAUAGUAAUGCUGUUGAUGAAUUAGUGGAGAGAUUUAUAAUCUCGAAAAUUGCUCAUCCAAUACGAUUCAUACGUUCCCGAGCAUGUUGGGCUAUAAGGCAAUUUGCCAGUGGUAAGUUAUCUGGUGGCCGAAUAACACAUAUUUAUGAAGCGUUGGUAAAAAGGCUAUCUGAUGCUGGCGAGGAAUUACCCGUGAAAGUGGAAGCUGCAAUGGCUAUACAGCACAUGUUGGAAGCGCAGACAAAGUAUCGUUCAGUAUUAAAGCCUCAUGUUCAUGCGGUUAUCAUUGAAGUAUUGCGACUUGUGGCUCGAGCUGAAAUAGAAGAAAUGACAAGCGUUAUGGAAGUACUGUUGGAGGAUUUCGUUGAAGAUAUUAUACCUAUCGCCGUUGACGUUGCAACUGAACUGGCAAAUAUUUUCCUGCAACUCUCCUUAUCGGAAAAUCAGGAAGAUGACCGCACAGUGACUGUGAUGGGCAUCUUGACCACCUUGGGGUCUGUGCUGGAUAUGGUGGAAGACAAUCAAGAUGUACUUUAUCAUAUCGAAGAACAAGUGCGUAGGGUGAUUAAGUCUGUUCUGGACCGCGAGCAGAUCGAUUAUUACGAAGAAGUUUUAACGUUAGCAAAUUCGGUGAUUACAUAUUCUAUUAGUGAACCAAUGUGGGAAAUAUUCUUCGAUAUUCACAAAUUGGCGAUUAGUCUGGAGGGGAUAGUUUUUGUCGAUGUGAUGCCUGUACUGCAUUCAUAUUUGACGGUUGAUACCGAUGGUUUUCUUGCCCGUCCAGAGCGGCUCAGAGCUUUCGUAGAAAUUGCUGUGAAUAUGUUUAAUGAAGAUAUGGAGGAAAAUGACCAGGGUAAAAUUAACAAUUUAGUACCAGAUCUCAUCCAGUUAAUUCUUACCCGGUUACACCAGCCGAUUGAGGACUGCAAAACUUUGAAACCCGCACUUCUUUUGGUAGUGAUAGCUGGUUUGUAUUAUGAUACAGAUAUGUUUGUGAACCUGUUACCUCAAUUGCAACCUCACGGAACUAAUACAUUGAAUUACGUGGUCAACGAGCUUCUAUCAUUAGCACACUGCUUGGAAGGUGUUCAUGAUCGUAAAAUGGCUGUAAUAGGCUUGUGCACCAUGGCAAGGCUAUCUGCUCUCCAUAGACCCACUCUUAUUGACGAGAAAGCGCAGCAGGUAACGUGUCCGUAUGAUACUACAACAAUUCAUGCAUUAAAAGAUGGUCUUCCUGAGGUAAAUUAA